GAUAUAAGCCCGGGACCCCGCGGGAUCAUCUUCUCUGCUCUGGACUUGGGAGGCUCCGUUUCCUGCUCCUGGAGGGAGACGCGCUGCAGAGGAGAAUCCCGGCGGGAGAACAUUUCAGAAUAGGAAUAGGCCAAGUGCUGAGAAGAUGAGUCUUAGGAUUGAUUCGAAUACAAACUUUCCGGAGUGUGUUGUAGAUGCAGGAAAAGUCAUCCUUGGGACUCGGUGGAGGCAGGAGAUGGACCCUCGCCUGCGGGAGAAACAGAAUGAAAUCAUCCUGCAAGCAGUAUGUGCUCUGCUGAAUUCUGGUGGGGGCAUAAUCAAGGCUGAGAUUGAGAACAAAGGCUACAAUUAUGAAAGCCAUGGAGUAGGAUUGGAUGUGCCUCCAAUUUUCAGAAGCCAUUUAGAUGAGAUGCAGCAGGAAAACCACUUUUUGAUUUUUGUGAAAUCAUGGAACACAGAGGCUGGUGUGCCACUUGCUACCUUAUGCUCCAACUUGUACCACAGACAGAGAACAUCCACUGAUGUCAUGGAUGCUCAGGAAGCUCUGGCAUUCCUCAAACGGAGGACUCAGACUCUUACGAAUAUUAAUGUUUCCAAUUCAUUAAGUCCACAGGCAGCUCAGAGUAGUGUACAAUAUGAAGGUAACACAAAGGCCUUAGCUGCUGCUUUAUUUGAUAGAAAGCGGCUUCAGUAUCUGGAAAAACUCAACUUCCCUGAGUCCAAACAUGUUGAAUUUGUAAUGUUCUCAACAGACGUGUCGCACUGUGUUAAAGACAGACUUCCGAAGUGUGUUUCCGCGUUUGCAAAUACCGAAGGAGGAUAUGUAUUUUUUGGUGUGCACGAUGGGACUUGUCAAGUGAUCGGAUGUGAAAAAGAGAAAAUAGACCUUACGAGCUUGAGGGCUUCUAUUGAUGGCUGUAUUAAGAAGCUACCUGUCCAUCAUUUCUGCACACAGAGGCCUGAGAUACAGUAUGUCCUUAACUUCCUUGAAGUGCAUGAUAAGGGGGCCCUUCGUGGAUAUGUCUGUGCAAUCAAGGUGGAGCAAUUCUGCUGUGCGGUGUUUGCCAAAGCGCCUAGUUCCUGGCAGGUGAAGGACAACCGUGUGAGACAAUUGCCCACAAGAGAAUGGACUGCUUGGAUGAUGGAAGCCGACCCAGAUCUUUCCAGGUGUCCUGAGAUGGUCCUUGCGUUGAGUUUGUCAUCUGCCACACCCCGCAGCAAGACCGUGUGCAUUCAUAAGAAUUUGGAACGUCUGAAAGAGCAGCAGAAACGCUACUUUCCAGUAUUUUCAGACAGAGUGGUGUAUACUCCAGAAAGCCUCUACAAGGAACUCUUCUCACAACAUAAAGGACUCAGAGACUUAAUAAAUACAGAAAUGCGCCCUUUCUCUCAAGGAAUAUUGAUUUUUUCUCAAAGCUGGGCUGUGGACUUAGGUCUGCAAGAGAAGCAGGGAGUCAUCUGUGAUGCCCUUCUAAUUUCCCAGAACAACACCCCUAUUCUCUACACCAUCUUCAGCAAGUGGGAUGCAGGGUGCAAAGGCUAUUCUAUGGUAGUGGCUUAUUCUUUGAAGCAGAAGCUGGUAAACAAAGGCGGCUACACUGGGAGGUUAUGCAUUACCCCCUUGGUCUGUGUGCUGAAUUCUGAUAGAAAAGCACAGAGCGUUUGCGGUUCAUAUUUACAAAUUUACCCUGAAUCCUAUAACUUCAUGACCCCCCAGCACAUGGAAGCCCUGUUACAGUCCCUCGUGAUAGUCUUGCUUGGGUUCAAAUCCUUCUUAAGUGAAGAGCUGGGCUCUGAGGUUUUGAACCUACUGACAAAUAAACAGUAUGAGUUGCUUUCAAAGAACCUUCGCAAGACCAAAGAGUUGUUUGUUUAUGGCUUACCUGGAUCAGGGAAGACCAUCUUGGCUCUUAAGAUCAUGGAGAAGAUCAAGAAUGUGUUUCACUGUGAACCGACUAACAUUCUCUACAUCUGUGAAAAUUACCCCCUGAAGAAGUUGGUGAGCAAGAAAAACAUCUGCCAGCCAGUGACCCGGAAAACCUUCAUGAAAAACAACUUUGAACACGUCCAGCACAUUGUCAUUGAUGAUGCUCAGAAUUUCCGCACUGAAGAUGGUGACUGGUAUGGGAAAGCAAAGUUCAUCACUCAGACAGCAAGGGAUGGCCCAGGAGUUCUCUGGAUCUUUCUGGACUACUUUCAGACCAAUCACUUGAGUUGCAGUGGCCUCCCACCUCUCUCAGCCCAGUAUCCAAGAGAAGAGAUCACCAGAGUGGUCCGCAGUGCAGAUCCAAUAGCCAAUUACCUACAACAAAUAAUGCAGGAAGCCAGACAAAAUCUUCCACCUAACCUCCCCCCUCAGUCCCUGGAGAUGCUCUAUGAACCUAAAUGGGCUCAAGGUGUCCCAGGCAACUUAGAGAUUAUUGAAGACUUGAACUUGGAGGAGAUACUGGUCUAUGUAGCGGAUAAAUGCCGUUUCCUCUUCCGGAAUGGUUAUUCUGCGAGGGAUAUUGCUGUGCUUUUCACCAAAGCAAGUGAAGUGGAAAAAUAUAAAGACAGGCUUCUAACAGCAAUGAGGAAGAGAAAAAUGUCUCAGCUCGAUGAGGAAUGUGAUCUGUUACUACAGGUCGGUGACGCAUUGGAUGUUCUGACCAAUCACAUUGUGUUGGACAGUGUCUGUCGAUUUUCUGGCCUGGAAAGAAAUAUCGUAUUUGGAAUCAAUCCAGGAGUAACCCAACACACUGGGGUCUACAAUCUUCUGCUCUGUUUGGCUUCUAGGGCAAAAAGACAUCUGUAUAUUCUGAAGGCUUCUGUGUGACAGGAAAACCCAAGCCUAAGAAACAAUUAAGUGAUUCUCAUCUCUAAUUAACUGUGAAACCAUUUGAUCCAAACAUGUAGGCACACACUCACUUACUAAGUCACAUACUUUUCUAGGUGCUGGGGAUUGAGGACGAAUCGAUGUAAGAUUUCUCCUUUAGGGCAGAGACAUACCACUGACAAGUACAUAGAUAGACAAGGAAUUUCCCAUAGUAAUAAGGAAUAUCAGUAAUUAGAGGACCGUGAGACUCAGAGGUGUGUGUGUGUGUGUGUGUGUGUAUGUAUGUGUGCAUGUGCGCGCGCACAUGUGUUAGGUAGAUGGAGGGAGGGGGUGAUUAUUUUGGGUGGUCAGGGAAGUGCUCAGUGAGGGAAGAACUUGUCAUGAGAAUCUCUGAGUGUGCCAGGCAGACUCAGAUAUUUUCAUUACUUUUUAACAUGGCCGUGUGCAGAAAAGUUUGAAUGGGAUGUGCAGGGAGAAUGUGAAGGAUGGAGCGGGUAGCGCAUCUGGCCUUGUAUGUGCCAGGAACAGGAGAGACAUGUUUUGAAAUGUAAGAUCACAGGCUGUUUUUUGCAAGACCACAUUGUAUUACUUUAUCAUUUUCUGCUUUUUCUUUUAACGGCGUUAGUGUUUUUGAUCACUAUAUUUUAAAAUGCUUUUUGUGUGCCUUUUGGUUAUUUGAAAUCUGUUCCUUAGCUCUAAUUUUUUAUUCUUACAGAGAGUCUUAGGUUACUACAUGAAGGUAAGACUGCCACAGUCCCCCAGGGAGACACGCUGUGGUUUACUGAUUGAUUUGAAGAUGACAGAGGGCCUAGGGGGAUGAAUGUAUUGGACUCAAAGGUUGCAUUUUGUGUUUCCACUUAAUUUAAUAAUCAACAAAACGACAAAGUCAGUUUAACAUCUUUCUUCUGCUGAGUCUUCAGGAUUUUAGCUAGUCUUUCAAAAGUCAUUGCUACAAAAGUGCAUAUUUCUCAUUUCCCGUGGGCCUCUAGAAACUCCCUCAAUAUUUAAAGCCAAACAAAUCCCUCUUUUCUGAGAGACAGAAACUAAAAAAUUCAAAGCGUUGAUUCACUAUUAAAAACAGCAAGGCCCUGCUAUUUCCCAAGAGUAAAGAAAUUUAAAAUUCUCA